CACACGCACGCACACUCUCCCGUAUCGGAGCCAGGAGGCUGGUGUGGUGGAGUAUAAGGUGCAGCAGCUGGAGUGUUUUGCUGUGUUGGUCUGGCUGACUGGGGGGAACCUAUAGCACAGCGGACAGAGCAGCAGGAAGGAGGAGAAGGAAGCUAACGGUGAUCGUAAUAGAGGAUCGUAUCCGUGGUGUCGGUGCAUCGUCUGGGCCGUCCGUGUGGGUUUUUGUUGUUGCCGUAGCGAUGGAGCGUUUCCUGGGCUUCGUGAAGCAGAUCCGUCGCUCUCGGCGACGCAAGGGCAAGAAGUACCGGCCCGAGGAGGACUACCACGAGGGCUAUGAGGACGUGUAUUACUAUGCCUCCGAACACAUGCACAAUGAGGGGCCUUACACGAAACACUCCAACUCCUCCCGGCCGCCUGAUGGAGCGCUGGCCAUCAGGAGACAGAGUAUCCCAGAGGAGUUCAAGGGCUCCAGCCUGGUGGAGCUGAUGAAGAAGGAGGGCACCACGCUGGGCUUGACGGUGUCCGGGGGCGUGGACAAGGACGGCAAGCCCCGCGUCUCCAACCUGCGCCAGGGUGGCAUCGCCGCCAGGAGUGAUCAGUUGAACGUGGGUGACUACAUCAAGUCGGUGAAUGGCAUCAACCUGACAAAGUUCCGGCACGACGAGAUCAUCAGCCUUCUGAAGAAUGUGGGCGAGCGUGUGGUGCUGGAGGUGGAGUAUGAGCUGCCCCCUGUCUCUGUUCAAGGUUCCGGAGUCAUGUUCAAGAAUGUGGAGGUGACCCUACACAAGGAAGGCAACACUUUUGGAUUCGUCAUCAGAGGUGGUGCCCACGAGGACAGAAACAAAUCCCGGCCCAUUGUUAUAACAACCAUCAGACCAGGUGGCCCAGCUGACAGGGAGGGCACCAUUAAGCCGGGUGAUCGUCUGCUGAGCAUCGAUGGGAUCCGUCUGCAUGGCACGUCUCACGCGGAGGCCAUGAGCAUCCUCAAGCAGUGCGGACAGGAGGCCACGCUCCUCAUCGAAUACGAUGUCUCCGUUAUGGAGUCUGUAGCCACGGCGACGGGUCCCCUGUUGGUGGAGGUUGCCAAGACGAUGGGCUCCAGUCUGGGCGUGGCUCUCUCCACCUCCAUGUACUGCAACAAGCAGGUCAUCAUCAUCGACAAGGUCAAACCCGCCAGCAUUGCCGACAGGUGCGGGGCGUUGCACGCAGGUGACCACAUCCUGUCUGUGGACGGCACCAGCAUGGAGUACUGCACCCUGGCAGAGGCCACACAGCUGCUGGCCAGCGCCUGCGAACACGUCAAGAUGGAGAUACUACCACACCACCAGACACGACUGGCACUCAAAGGGCCUGAACAUGUCAAGGUCCAAAGGAGCACGCGCACGCUGCCGUGGGAGUCCAGCGCCAACAACAACAGCAACUUCCUGCCGUACCAGCACUAUAACACCUACCACCCUGACCAGUCGCGCAGCCACUCCAAGCAGCACAAGACCUCCCCCAACAACCCCCCGCUGGGCUCGUCCUUCUCGCCCGCCUCCAUGAGUGCGUACAGCCUGAGCUCCCUCAACAUGAGCACGCUGCCCCGCAACAUGUACCCCACCAGCCCCCGAGGAACAAUGAUGAGACGCAAGCUGAAGAAGAAGGACUACAAGAGUUCACUGUCUCUGGCAUCGUCUACUUUGGGCUUGGCUGGCCAGGUGGUGCACACAGAGACAACGGAGGUGCUGCUGGUGAGCGACUCCAUCAUGGGCUUCGGCAUCCAGCUGCAGGGCGGGGUCUUCGCCACCGAGACACUCACCUCGCCGCCACUCAUCGCCUACAUCGACCCUGAUAGCCCCGCCGAACGGUGUGGCAUCCUGCAGAUCGGUGAUCGCAUCCUGUCCAUCAACGGCAUCCCCACUGAGGACAGCACUCUGGAGGAGGCCAACCAGCUGCUGAGAGACUCCAGCAUCACCAACAAGGUCACCCUGGAGAUAGAGUUCGACGUGGCAGAGUCUGUGAUUCCCAGCAGCGGGACCUUCCAUGUCAAGCUGCCCAAGAAGCCGGGAGUGGAGCUGGGCAUCACCAUCAGCUCUCCCUCCAGCAGGAAGCCAGGAGACGCUCUCAUCAUCUCAGACAUCAAGAAGGGCAGCGUGGCACACAGGACCGGCACUCUGGAGCUGGGCGAUAAGCUGCUGGCCAUCGAUAACAUCCGUCUGGAGAACUGCUCCAUGGAGGACGCCGUGCAGAUCCUGCAGCAGUGCGAAGACCUGGUCAAGCUCAAGAUACGCAAGGACGAGGACAACUCUGUAGACGAACAGGAGGUCUCAGGGGCCAUCAUCUACACGGUGGAGCUGAAGAGGUACGGAGGGCCCCUGGGCAUCACCAUCUCCGGCACCGAGGAGCCCUUCGACCCCAUCAUCAUCUCCAGCCUCACCAAGGGAGGACUGGCAGAGAGAACGGGAGCGAUCCACAUCGGUGACCGUAUCCUGGCCAUCAACAACAACAGUCUGAAGGGGAAGCCCCUGAGUGAGGCCAUUCACCUGCUGCAGAUGGCAGGGGAGUCAGUCACGCUCAAGAUCAAGAAACAAGGAGACCUGGUGAGUCCAAAGCAGCCGUGUGUGGGCCUGGGCAGUGUGAAUCUGGGCAACAUGGGACUGGGAGGAGGAGGAGGAGGAGGCCUGAGCAGCGAGGGUGAGGAUGAGCUGCCAAUCAACAACAGCAGCGCUACCAUUGGAGGAGGAGGAGGAGGGGGUAAGCUGUCUGACAUCUUCUCCACCACCACCACCACCUCCAACACCAUCCCCUCCGUGGACUCGGCCGUUGGGGACAGCUGGGACGGCUCCUCGGCCAUGGACAGCAACACCUUCAGCGGCAUGAGGGAGUUCACCAUUGACAGCAUCUUCACCAGCCAACCUCCAGCAGGCUUCCAGGCAUCGGGCUACAGCUUCCACAGCCACGAGUGGAGGAAUGCCAAGCCCAGCCGAGGCAGCCUCUCGCCGGGCAGCGUCAGUGUCAGCGGGGGCAUUGGAGGUGGUGGAGUUGGACUUGGUGGCCUGGGCAGUGGCAGCGGCACCCUUCCCAACAGGCCACGCACCAACAACAUCCUGCAGGACCUUGGGCUGAGUGACGACGAGUGGGAGAGACCACUCACCACUGGAGGGUCCACGCUGCCCACCGGUCUAAUCUCAGACAGCAGGUUCACGGUGGGACACGAUGGCACGGAGCCCGACCAGGAGGAGAACUUCUGGUCUCAGGCCCUGGAGGACCUGGAGACCUGCGGACAGUCUGGCAUCCUGCGUGAGCUAGAGGAAAAACCAGACAGGCUUCUGAAUAAGAGAAACCUGGCCCUCUUGGCCACCAUCAUGUCCGGGAGCAGCCUGAGCCUGAACCACGACCCGGCACCGACGCGCAGCCACCUGGGCCGGCAGGCCAGCUUCCAGGAGCGCGGCUCCACACGGCCGCACUACAGCCAGACCAGCCGCAGCAACACGUUGCCCACCAACACCGAGCGCAAGUCCUUCAACAUGCGCAAGAUGAAGCAGGAGAUCAAGGACAUCCUCAACCCCACCCCCGUCGAGCUGCACAAGGUGAGCCUGUUUAAGGAGUCAGACCUGGAGGACUUUGGCUUCAGCGUGUCCGACGGCCUGCUGGAGAAAGGAGUGUACGUCAACAACAUCCGGCCCGGAGGCCCGGCAGAGAUCGGAGGACUCAAGCCUUUUGACAGGCUGCUACAGAUCAAUCAUGUGCGGACCCGCGACUUUGACUGCUGCCUUGUGGUUCCACUGAUCGCCGAGUCUGGCAACAAGCUGGACCUGGUCAUCAGUCGGAACCCGGUCACCACGCAGCCCACCGCCGCCGACCUGGGCCAGCUCGGGGCCGCCACGGACGAGGACGGCACCACCAUCACCUGGACGGAACCGGGGCUGGCAAUGAUGGGGGCAGGGAUGGACAACAAUGGGUGCACUGCACCCCUGAGCCCCCCCGACAUGCAGGGACUGCAGAACCCCGCGGGCCUGCUGGGGGGCGCUGAGGACAGAGACCCCAAUAACUCCUUAUAGCAGACCAGAGCAGAAUUGGAAAUAAAGUAGUGCGGAGAGCUUCUAGUGGAGCGGAGAGGAGGAAGAGGAGAGGAGAAUGGAGGGAUGGAGGAGUUGGAGAAGGAGUCCAGAGCUCUCCAUGGUGCUAAAUGCCCUGCGUCACCCUCAACCUCUUCAGACACACGCACGCACGCACGCACACACACACACAAGCUUGAACUGAUACACACACUCACGCAUACAUAUGCACACACUCAUAGACAGAUACUCACACACGCACACACUCCUCUGGUCCCGAGCACCACCAGCCUCUGUGUCAACCCAGUACAAGCACCAAGUGAGAGGUCGAGCAGGGCUAAGAGAGGGAGGAGUUUGUCCAAGCACACUGUAACACUCCCUGCUUCCUCAUUCUGUCACACACACAC